ACGUGACGCUGCGCGGUGGCAGCGAGCGCCGGGCCCCGCUCGGCUCCGCUCGGUACCGGCCCCGCUCCGGGACCGCCGCCCCCGGAAGCGCCAUGGGCCCCCCUGGACCCCCACACACCACCUAGACUCAUCUCCAGCCAGCAGCACGUCCCAACCCCGAGAGCAGCAGGAUGGCCCAGCAGCGCCAUGCCAUCCCCCCACCACUCAAGACGGAGGAGGAUUACAUCCCCUACCCCAGCGUGCAUGAGGUGCUGGGCCGGGAGGGGCCGUUCCCCCUCAUCCUCCUGCCGCAGUUCGGGGGUUACUGGAUUGAGGGCACCAACCACCAGCUGAGCGGGGCCCCUGAAUCGCCCCCCACUCCGGCACCUGGCACCCGGGCGAAGCUGGAGGGCAACCACACGGCCAAGAUCUACCGCAAGCACUUCCUGGGCAAGGAGCACUUCAAUUACUACUCCCUGGACCCGGCGCUGGGACACCUCGUCUUCUCGCUCAAGUACGACGAGCAGGAGCACCUCCACCUGCUGCUGCGCACCCGUGCCCGCACCCUGCAUGACGUGGUGCCCAUCUCCUGCCUGGCCGAGUUCCCCAACGUGGUGCAGAUGGCCAAGCUGGUGUGCGAGGACGUGAACGUGGAUCGCUUCUACCCUGUGCUCUAUCCCAAGGCAUCCCGCCUCAUCCUCGCCUUUGAUGAGCACGUGCUCAGCAACCACUUCAAAUUUGGGGUCAUCUACCAAAAACUGGGGCAGACCUCCGAGGAGGAGCUUUUCGGCACCACGGAGGAGAGCCCGGCCUUCGCCGAAUUCCUCGAGGUCCUGGGUCAGCGGGUGCAGCUGCGGGACUUCAAGGGGUUCCGAGGGGGGCUGGAUGUGACCCACGGACAGACAGGCAGCGAGUCGGUCUAUUGCCACUUCCGUGACAAGGAGAUCAUGUUCCACGUCUCCACCAAACUGCCCUACACCGAGGGGGAUGCCCAGCAGCUGCAGCGGAAGCGUCACAUCGGCAACGAUAUCGUGGCCAUCGUCUUCCAGGACGAGAACACACCGUUCGUCCCCGACAUGAUCGCCUCCAACUUCCUCCACGCCUUCGUGGUGGUGCAGCUGGAGCAGGGGGGCUCCCAGGGCACCCUCUACAAGGUCUCCGUCACCGCCCGUGACGACGUGCCCUUCUUCGGCCCGCCGCUGCCCGACCCCGCCGUCUUCAGGAAGGGCCCCGAGUUCCAGGAGUUCCUGCUGACCAAGCUCAUCAACGCCGAGUACGCCUGCUACCGAGCAGAGAAGUUCGCCAAGCUGGAGGAGCGGACGCGGGCGGCGCUGCUGGAGACGCUGCACGAGGAGCUGCAGGCUCGCAGCCAGGCCAUGCUGGGGCUCGGCCCCGACGACGAGCGCCCCGACAACGGCGGCGCCGCCCCGGGCUUCUUCGAGUCCUUCAAGUCGCUGCUGGUGCCCGGGAGCCGCCGGGGACGCCGCGGCAGCGCCAUCGGGCUGGGCUCGGUGGAAGAGGCGCUGCUGGUGCCCGGCAAGAGCCCUUCGAGGCGGCGGCCCGGCCCCCUCGGCUCCCGCCGCUCCAGCGCCAUCGGCAUCGAGAGCAUCCAGGAGGCGCCGGCCGGCAGGGACGGCCCCGCAGCCGCCGACGGCUCCAGCUCCACACACAGCUCCCCCGAGAGCCGCCGGAACCCCGACAGGGCCGAGAAGCCAGAGGCGCCGGAUUUCUCCCGCUCCUCCUCCAGCGCCAGCAGCUUCGGCAGCGCCGCGGAGGAGCCGGGCGAGCCCGGACGGGAGAGCCGCUCGCCCUCGGGGAGCCACCGCGACGCCUUCACUGACACUCCCUGGCCAGAUGACCCCCCCGGAACCCCCCCAGGCCGUUGCCCGCCUGACCCCCCCUGCCCUGAGAUCAAAAUCCAGCUGGAGCAGCCCCCCCCUAAUCCGGUGAGGCUCUCCCCCCUCCACCAGUGCAGUAUGGGGGUGCCCACACUGGGGUGCCCCCACUGAUGUCCCUCCCACAGGGCUCAUAGUCACCCCCCCUACCCACGGGGGUGUCACCGCUUCGCCCCCUCUGUGUGCCACCCCCGUGCCAGGAGCUGAAGCCAUCAUCCCCGGUGCAGGAUUUGGGGAGACCCCCCCAAAAAAUUGGGAUGUGCCCCCCUCCAGACAAUCUCUGUCACCCCAAAAACCCCUUGGGUGAGGGGGUGAUGCACUACAAAGGGGCCCCCCCUUUGCUGUGACCUCAAAAGGAAGAGUGGGUCCAACCCCAGCAUCACUCCCUCCCCCCCAAAAGAGAAGGGACUCAAAUCCAGGGUAACCCCAAAGUGGAGCUCCCCCUCCCCCCCCUUUAUUAUAAGGGAAGAAAGUUCUGGAAUGGGCCAGAGGCUGGAAUUGCGGGGAGGGGGAGGAAUAUUUUUUCACACCCUCCCAAACUGUGUUUGUGUUUCCCGUGAGUCCUGUAUAAAAUAAAAGUUUAUUUAUCGCUACAGUGGGGGAGGUCUCCAAUAUCUAGGGGGUCCCAAAACAUCAGUGGGGGCUCUAAAAACUCUAAUUUUGGGGGGUCAUUUUCCAAAUGUUGGGUUUCACUGCAGCUAGGCUGAGCAAAGCCUUUCUUUGAUGGUCCCUGGUUUUGGGAUGCUCUGAGUACCCCAAGGCGUUGCCUCCCCCCCCAAAGUGCCCCUUUCGGCUCUGCUGGUCAGCCUGGUGUCAGGAGUGGCAUUUGGCCACGGCCCCGGUGGCCGCUGGCAUCCUGUCAACCCCCUGGCCAAGGAAAAGUGGUUCCCACCCCCCUGAAUCCCCCAAAACCACUCGGCACCCCGGGAGUGGUUAAACAUAGCUCGGGGCUGCCCGAACUCUGGGAAGUGCCAGCAGCCGGGUCCGGCAAUGCCGGGAGGGGGCAAAGGUGGGGGCAGAGCCCCCUCAAAGCCAGCCCUGCCGGGGGCACCUGCUCGGAGGGAUCCUGGUUAAUGAGGAACUGGAUUUUCAAUUAUAAAACUGGUGAGUGAGUAUGAAAAACCAGGGAGGGUGUUUCGGGGCGUUUUGGAAGGUUUGGGGGAGGCAGUGUUUUCCCAGGCAUUUGCACUCAUGGGCACCGUGGGGCUUUUGUGGGUGCACAGGGACUUGUGCACGUACCAGGGAUAAUUUGCACAAGCACAGUGACCUGGGCACGUGUUUGCACUGUACAUUUUCACUGUAUGGACGGGCAUGAUGACUCAGGGACAGUGGCUUUUGUACCUUGUGGAAAGGGGAGUUCGAGCACAGUGACAUCCGUGCGGAGCCAUUUGCACCAGCAUGGUGACAUUUGCACACGCAGGGCACUACCCACCGUGACAUCUCAGUGAAAUUCUCGUGUGCAAGGGGACAUUUGCACACUCAGGGCGCUUUGUGCUGAGCUCAGGCCGUGUCUGCAGGUGCACAGUGACGCUGGCACUGUCACGUUUGCAUGUGCAAGGCACAGCACCCACUGGCACGGUGACAUUGGCACAAGCACAGUGACAUUUGCCCACUCCCUGCACCCUUUGCACACCCAGGGUCGCUGUCCCUGCCCAACCCUCACGCUCACAGCACCCUUCCAGCUGCACAAACCCCUUUCCCCUUGCGACCCCACCUACUAAAAUUACCCCCUAAUUAACUCACCCUAAUGAAGGGGGCGUGU